AUGGUUGACGUCCUGAAUGUUGCUCUCUUGAUUUUCGCGUUAAUCGUGACUCGUCUCGUCACGAAUAGAUUUUAUCUGUCUGGGAUUCCUGGCCCAUCGCUGGCAGCCUACACCCGACUGUGGAAGCUGUACACCGUAUGGAAGGGCGACCACCAUCACACGGAGAUUGGCCUUCACCGGAAAUAUGGCCCUUUGGUACGCACCGGCCCCAGACAGGUCUCAGUGAGCGACCCAAAGGCGAUCCCCAUCAUUUAUGGCAUCAAUGGAGGCUUUACCAAGACGGCUUUAUAUCCAAUUCAGUCCAUAUCAUGGGACAAGAAACCUCAGAUGAACCUUUUCUCCACUCGAGAUGAGCGUUUUCAUCGUGAUCAGAAACGUCCGAUCGCCAGCGCUUACAGUAUGACCAAUAUUCUCGAAAUGGAGCCUGCCGUCGACUCGUGCACCGAGCUGUUUCUCUCUCAGAUGGGAAAGAUGGUGCAAGAAAAGGUGCCCAUUGAUCUCGGAAUGUGGCUGCAAUACUAUGCCUUCGAUGUUGUCGGCGAACUGUCUUUUGCUCAGAAGCUAGGGUUCUUAGAGAAAGGCCAGGAUGUAGACAAUAUGAUAGAGGCGAUACGGGGAAUGCUCAUAUAUGCGUUGAUGUGCGGCCAGAUUCCGGAGGCUCACAACGUCCUCCUCGGCAACCCGCUCUUCCCUAUAUUGCUCCCUCAAAUGGAAUCAUGGAACCAGGUGGUCGUAUUCACCCUGAAGGCAAUCAAUCACCGGGCGUCCCUACAGCGCGACGGGGAUCUAUACCAGGACGAGAUAGGCGAAGCGACUGGCGGAAAAGACAUGAUGUCUCGGUGGCUGGCAAUUCAUAACGCAGACCCGGCACGGCUAUCGACAAGGGACCUAAUCGUCCACCUAUCGACAAAUGUCUUCGCUGGAUCUGAUACAACUGCAAUCGCCCUGCGCUCGAUUCUCUAUCAUCUCAUCUGUCACCCGGACAAAAUGUCAAAAGUGCGAGCGGAGAUUGACACGGCAGACCGAGAAGGCAAGCUUAGUAACCCGAUCUCCUACCAGGAAUCCACCACACAUCUUCCGUACUUCGGUGCGGUGAUGAAAGAAGCGAUGCGUUUGCACCCGUCUGUUGGAGGCAAUCUCGAACGUCAUGUGCCACCGCAAGGCGUCACUCUUUGCGGUCAAUACAUCCCUGGCGGUACAAAGGUUGGUAUUAAUGCUUGGGUUGUCCACCGAGACCCGGUUGUCUUUCCUCAGCCGGAUUCCUUCAUCCCUGAGCGAUGGCUAGACAGCCCUCCCGAAAAGCUGAAGGAAAUGGAGAAAGCCUUUUUCAGCUUCGGUGCAGGUUCACGAUCCUGUGUUGGGAAAGCAAUCUCUCUGAUGGAGAUGCAGAAGAUUCUGCCUCAGCUACUCCGCGAAUUCGAUAUUCAAUUGCAUCAAAACAAGCCGUGGAAGACGAGAAAUGUGUGGUUUGUGCAGCAGGAGGAGUUCAUAUGCGACUUGACCCCAAGGCUGCGUUUGUAA